CCCAGAGCCGGGGCGGGAGCUCCGAGGGAGCAGGUGGAGGGCUGGCUGGCGGAGGCUGCGGUGGCGCCGGGGCUGCCAUGGCUCCGCGUCCCGGGCCAGAGCACCAGCUCCCAUCUCCGCCCUCCUCGCCUGCGCCCGAUGCCUACCAGACUUUUGCCUCUGCCGGAGCCCCCGCCUAGCCAGCCUCCCCUCGCUGUCCGCUUGGGCUUCGGGGGUCGAGCCGUCUGGGGUCCCAGGGCCAAUGCAGUGCCGCCUCCUCCGGGGCCUGGCGGGAGCCCUCCUCACCCUUCUGUGCAUGGGGCUCCUCUCCCUACGGUACCACUCAGGCCAGUCCCCACAGGCCGUGCAGGAGGCCCCCUGGCAGAGCCCGCCAAGCCCUCUGUCCCCCGAGCUGCAGCUGCAGGAUGUCUUCAUCGCAGUCAAGACGACCCGAACCUUCCACCACUCCCGCCUUGAGCUGCUUCUGGACACGUGGGUCUCCAGGACCAGGGAACAGACAUUUGUCUUCACCGACAGCCCCGAUGAAGGCCUCCAGGAGAGACUGGGGUCCCACCUCGUGGUCACCAACUGCUCAGCAGAGCACACCCACCCCGCCCUGUCCUGCAAGAUGGCUGCCGAGUUCGACACCUUUUUGGCCAGCGGGCUGCGGUGGUUCUGCCACGUGGAUGACGACAACUAUGUGAACCCAAGGGCACUGCUGAAGCUGCUAAAAACCUUCCCGCAGACCCGCGACGUCUACCUAGGUCGGCCCAGCCUGAACCGGCCUAUCCGCGCUUCGGAGCCCAGGCCGCACAACCGCACGAGGCUGGUACAGUUCUGGUUUGCCACUGGGGGCGCUGGCUUCUGCAUCAACCGCAAACUGGCUUUGAAGAUGGCCCCAUGGGCCAGCACGGCUCUGUCUCUCAGUGGUCCCCGCUUCGUGGAAACAUCUGCUCUCAUCCGACUGCCUGACGACUGCACCGUGGGCUACAUUGUCGAGUGCAAGCUGGGGGGCCACCUGCAGCUCAGCCCCCUCUUCCACUCCCACCUGGAGACCCUGCAGCUGCUGGGGGCUGCCCAGCUCCCAGAGCAGGUUUCGUUCCCUCCAUUGUCUCCUCUAUCCGGAUACUCCUUGGUGCCCACAGCUGGUGGCCAGAUGAACCCUGAACCGUUGGGCAAAGAUUGGGCUGAGGCCUCUGGUUGUCCUUCGCUGCCCCAGGCAGCCCUGGGGACCCUGGCGAGUGCCCUUUGGUGGACAGUCCCUGGCACGGCCUCUGAGCGGUGGGCCAGCCCAGGGUUGGAUGGUAGCCGGCAGUGAAGGCACUUGAGGCCCCUGGGAAGUGGAUCGGACAGCCCAGAGAACAGGUGCACUGGGCGAGGGGAGAGAGGCCCCAGGGGCUGGGCGUCUAUGGGCCUUGAGUGGCUGGAUUGAAUAAGCAUGGGGGGCCCUUGAGCUGCGCUGGGGCUCAGGGGUCCUAACCCCUUAGAGAAUUAUGUGGGCCCCUGGUGGGGCCUGGCUUUCCCCCCACAGCUCUGGUCUCUGUCAUCCACCCUGGGGCCAAGCAGUGGGCUGCCUACGCCUGGCUCCCUUGGCUGGAUCUCCAGGCACCAACGGGACCCAGGUGGAAUAAUGGCAAAACCCAGGGUCUGUGGCAGAUACUGAUGUUGCUGGCCAGCCUCCAGCUCCUUGCUCCCACCGUGAACAGAUCCUGUUUUGUUUGGAGUAUCAACGUGCCCAGACCCAGAUCAUGGGUCAGGCUGGAUCCCAGCCAGUGGUGAUGACCCUUUAGCUUACUUUCCCAGCCUCCCUUGCUCAGUCUGUUAGUGUGAACUCAACGAAGCCAAUGGAGAGGCUUCUGGGAAAAUCUCUGGAGCCCCAUACCCCAUCUUCACGCCGUGAAUUUGGGUGUGAUGUCUGGGUCUGGGGCAGCUGCCUUGUUGUUGUGAAGGGAGGGCUGUGACAAUCAUGCACACUUGUCCUUUUGGGCAUCUGGUUCUGUGAGAAAAUUAAAUCCUUAUUCGUUUAAACCUC